AUGAUAUUAGGUAUGCCAGAUGAUCAGCUAACAGUGGCUUUUCCUAUUACAAUCACAGGCAUUGACCAGUGCUUUUCUUUCUUGUCAAAAUGUGGCUCCCUGAGGGCUCUCAUGGUAAAGUCAAUGAAGUCCACCCAAGAAGAGUUUACGAAGUUGUCACAUGCAAUAAGCAAACUGAAACAUUUAAGGCAUCUAGAUCUUUCAAGAUCUUUAAUUGUUGAACUACCCAAUUCAAUUUGUGACUUGUGGAAUUUGCAAAUUUUAAACCUAAAUGAUUCUCUCAUUCUUCUGAGUCUACCCAAGGGCAUGAGAUUCCUCAGAAAUCUUCGACAUCUUUGUCUACAUGGAUGUUGGAGUUUGACUCACAUGCCAAGUGGAAUUGGGAAGUUGACUUGCUUGCGGACAUUGGGUAUGGUCGUCCUGAGUGGCAAGAAAGGCUUCCGACUAAGUGAGUUGCGAGACUUAAAUAUGCUUAGAGGAGGGCUAACAAUUAUGCACCUUGAGAGGAUUGAAGACAAAAAGGAUGCAGAAGAAGCUUGCUUAAUUAAGAAACAGAGUCUCCACGGGUUGAAUUUGUAUUGGGAUUCCGAAAGAACGAUUCAACGGUACAAUGAUGAGGAAGUGCUCGAAACCCUCAAACCCCGGCCCAACCUUCAACUGCUACGUGUCCUAGGCUUCAACGGUUCAUCAUUUCCAUCUUGGAUUUCAACUGUAACAGAAGUUGUUGUGCACGAGAGUGCAGCGGAGUACAUAGUUGGGGUCCAAGAGAGUACUGCCGCUGCUGCUGCAAUGUCCCCAUCGUUGAAACAGCUGGAGUUAGAGAACAUGCCCAACCUAAAAGGAAUGUUAGGAAGAGAAGUCCAAGGUACUCCAGGGGUAUUCUCUCAACUUCAAUCCUUGUCCUUUAAGGAUUGCCCAAUGUUGACAUUGCCACUGCCACGUAUGCUGUCCCUAAAGGAGUUAUGCGUCGACCGUUGCCCGAACAUGGCAUGGGCUUCAAUCUCCAAUCUCACGGCUUUGAAGGAAUUGACCAUCAAGCACUCUCCCGAGCUGGAUUCUCUGCCAGAAGAAGGAUUGCGAGGCCUUGCUUCUUUGCAGGAAAUCCAUUUGGUCCGAUGCUAUAAUUUGGUGAGUCUCUCAAUGGGGACUAAAGCCCUCAAAUCCCUGACUCGUCUAUGCAUCAAUGGGUCACACGCGACAGCUCUGCCAGAGGAAGUCAAACAUUUGCCUGCACUACAAAAACUGGAGCUGCAGAGUUUUUCCAAUCUAACUUCAUUGCCAGAUUGGUUUGGAGACCACCUCACUUCUCUUCAAGACCUGACACUAAAAUAUUGUCCGCUUGAAACACUUCCAUCCAGCAUUCAAAAGAUGACGACACUCCAACAUUUGACUAUAUUUCGCUGCUACCGACUGGGACGACAGUGUAAAAGGGGAGGAGAGGAAUGGCACAAAAUUAAGCACAUCCCGGACCUGAAAAUUGAAAAUUGA